GCACCAUAAUUACCUUAGAGGCAAUCUGUGGUAAAUACAUAAGAUGGCAAUGUAAAUAACAUCUUCAUAAGCGUAUUUUAACUUGAUUUCGAAGUGAAUGAAUCUACAAUCGACUAAUCUUUUUAAUACAGUAAACAAUGAAAGUGUUCGAAGCAUUGGAGAUUUUGUGCGGCGUAUUGAUGAUAGUAAAACAUGGAUUUGCGACACCCGGAGGUGCUCCUCGUACGACUUGUCGUUUGAUGAGCUUUGGUCACAGCAAGGAGAAUGGUGACCUCAUUCCUAGACAGAAAAAACACACUUCUCCAUAUGAAAUAAGGGCUGAAGUUGUCGACAGCGCCGUUCGUCUGUUCAUUGAAGGAAUAGUUCGAGGAUUUCUCAUACAAGUCCGUCAAAACAGUUCAGGUCCUGCUUUAGGGAAAUUCACGCUGACUGACGGAAACAAUUCGAUCGCUCAAUACCAGAACUGUUCACACGAAAAGUAUCCAAUUCAUGCGAGCAUAACAAAUCGAAAUUACAACCCAAAGACAAAUCUCACAUUCUUAUGGCAUCCAGUGGAAAAGAGUGGCCAAAAUAUCAGCGUGAAAUUCUAUGCUACGCUCGCAGAAACUUAUGAAUUAUUUUGGGUGAAGCUGGAAAGUAACCCAAUCAAUCCUUCGGACAUUUCGGGUUACGGCGUCACGGGUUACGGCGUCACGGUACGACCUUCCAUUUUCCUUUGGAUAAGUACCUCUCUCCUAAUUUUCCUGUCUAUGUGACAAAGACAAAUCUACCUUGAAAAUAAAAUGAGAUGCGUAGGCUCUCAGACAAGCGGAAUUCCAGUUAUUUUCCUACGGGAAAUGCAGAAAAAUUUUUUAAAUUUUUCAAUAUUUAAAUAUUACUAAUUCAGUUGUUUCGUAAUUAUCAAUGGUUGUUAACUUUACGAACUAUACUUGCAUUCCACAGAAGUAGAAAGUUUUCAAUUAAGAGUCAAUAGCAUCGUUUAAAUUGCAUAUGAAAAGGUCACGACGACCCCCUACUUGAACGCAUCAUUACGUGUAGCCUAAUAAGGGAGUAACGCCGCACGGAAGAGCAAAACAAGGAAAUCCUGAAAUAAUUUAUUAUUCUUUGAAGUUGUCGAUAUUUACUAUGUGAUCUUAUUGAAUAUAAUUAUACGGUUGUUGAUUUGAUUACCGACAGGCACUAUUUUGUACUCCGUUCAUUUGUAUAUACGAAGCACAUCAUAGAUUGAAAACAAACAAUUGAAGAGUACGGUUAAGUAUUCGUAAUGGAAACUUUUCUUUGUCGAACGUCCCCAUCUUCAAGGCUCGUUUUCUACUAUCUAUGCGCGUUCAUGUCAAGCUUGAAGUUCGCGUUAAGUCGUCCUGAUGGAGCCUCGCCUUUGAGUUGCUGGAGUAUGAGACCUGGCCAUUUCGAUAUUAAUGGAGAUAUCGUUGAAAGUCGGCAAGAUGUUAGUCCAUACACAAUAACAGCGACAUGGGAAAGAAAUUUAACAAUGAUUCACAUUUCAGUCAUUGGCGAUUCUAUACAAGGAUUUCUCAUGCAAGCGAGAUUAAAUUUAACCGAACCAGCCGUUGGAAAGUUUGUUAGCGUAACUGGAAAUACUUCUGCUAAGUUUCAAGAUUGUUCGCAAGAACCAGAGUUUGGGAAUUAUUCAAGUGUGACUCAUAGGAGUCCAACUCCCAAGCAAAGACUGGAUUUCUAUUGGCAACCAACCGCAGACAUUAGCAAGAACAGAUCGAUCACAUUCUUUGCAACAUUAGCAAAAGACAAGGCAAACUUCUGGGUUUCCCAGAAAAGUAACUCGGUGCCACUGAUAAUGCAUAGUCCAGAAAACAGUCCAACUCCAGAAAACAGUCCAACAAGCUGUGGAUUUUUAUUGCAAAGCUUUGCGAGUUAUUCAUUCUUGAUGUCACUUAUUUUUAUUGUUGUUGACAAUUGUACAUGAAAUCGUGAAGAGCUGUGUUUUUGAGAGGAGUAUACCAUCAAGUCAUUGUCAUCGAUUGUAUUUAUGUUUAUCGAACUAAUAUACUUUAUUUAUAGUAUUAACAUAAAUGGUUAAGAAAUAAAUACGCAUUGCGUACAUGCAGGUAGCUCGUAA